GAGCCAUCGGCCCGAGUCUGACCAUAGUUUGGCUCCUGGGGCUCCGGGGACAGAGCGGCAGCAGAACCGGGACAGAGCCAAGACAGAGCCGGGACGGAGCGGGGACAGACGCGGCCCCUGGAGCUCGGUCUUCACUGGACUCAUCUGAAGUUCUCAAACCUUCUGAGCUAGGAGUGUUUCUGUGUGAACCUGUGGGGCUGAUGUGAGCCGCACCUGAGCCCCGGGACAGGUGAAACCUCUGCCUGCUCUCCAGAGCCGGGUGCCCGCUCCUCUCUAGAGCCGUGUGUGUGGUAGAGAGGGGCCCCCGCUCAAUGCGCUGUGAGCGGGAGCAGGGAGCGCUGUCAGCGGGCAGGAUGCCACGGGGAUGCGGGCAGCUGUGCGGGGACGCGGGGACGAGCUUCGCCAAUCAACCGCAACAAGACACAAUUAAACCCGCGGACAGUGCUUUUCCUGCGGACUCUAGACAACACGAGGAAAUGCCGAGGAGAUUCCGAGGACACGCCGCUUCUCGCGUCACCUCAGUCGGCCUCAGGUCUCCGAGCCCCGGUCCUCUCCGGAGCAUCUGGCCCCGGACCAGGUGCGCGUCAGCGGAACAGGCUUUUACAAAUCCGGGCUCUCUGUAAUAACUGAACCGCACAUUUAAACUUUAAUUCUCCCGUGAACCAGGCGGCAGCGAGGUGCAUUUUCAGCGGUGCUUGGCUGGAAUUUUGGCCGCUGUCUCUGGUUUCAUCCUCCGCCUUUGUGCUCAUGUUUUCCCCCCGAGUUCCUCCCCCUGCGGCGCUGGGCGGAGUUUCAUACCGGACUAGACGCUCCUUUUGUCGGAUCCAUUUCGAACUGACUCCCCGGGGUUUACGGCGGAUAAAAAGGCACUUUGAAAGCCCCGAAACGGUCCACACGACCCCGGUGCGGUGCAGACGCGGUUGCCGCUUCUGCCUGGACCCGGAGGUGAAGGGGGCGGAGCCAGCUGUGCCCAGGUGAAGGGGGCGGAGCCUGCUGCAGGUGAACAUGAACGGAAGCAGCAGUGUCUCUGCGACCACCAGCACAGAUGAGUGGACCCGGGAGGACUGUCUGACUCUUCUGGACCGGAUCCGGGGCCAAGUUCCAGAUGGAGACUCGAUGAAAUACAAAACGACUGAGUCUCACUUCGACUGGAGCCGUGUGAGCUUCGGACGCUACAGCCCCGACAUGUGCAAGAGGAAAUGGAGCAAGGUGUCCGGCGAGGUCCGCAAGUACAGAACCAUGUCCGAGCUCCUCAUCGAUGCCAUUGAGUUCGUCAAGAAUCCGUACAAAGGCAAGAAACUCAAGACUCACCCGGACUUCCCGAAGAAGCCACUGACACCGUAUUUCCGGUUCUUUAUGGAGAAACGGGCCAAAUACGCAAAGAUCCACCCCGAGAUGAGCAACCUGGACCUGACCAAGAUCCUGUCCAAGAAGUACAAGGAGCUGCCAGACAAGAAGAAGCAAAAGUACAUCAGCGAGUUCCAGAGAGAGAAAGAGGAGUUUGAGAAGAACAUGGCCCGAUUCAAGGAGGAACAUCCAGAGCUGAUGGAGGAGAGGAAGAAGUCUGAGCUGCCAGAGAAACCGAAGACUCCCCAACAGCUUUGGUACAACCACGAGAAGAAGGGCUAUGCCAAGCUACACCCUCAGGUGAGUCAGAAGGAGCUAAAGGAGGCGCUUAGGAGGCAGUGGUCUCAGCUGUCAGAUAAACGACGCCUCAAAUGGAUCAGCAAAGCCCUGGAGCUGCAGAAGGACUAUGAGGACAGCAUGCGGGCGUACCAUGAGGCACACCCUGAUCUGAGCGCCGACGACCAUGUGCGCUCUGUCCUCACCAAAGCAGAACGCCAACUCAAGGACAAGUUCGACGGGCGCCCCACAAAACCACCGCCUAAUGGGUACUCGUUGUACUGUGCCGAGCUGAUGGUGAACAUGAAGGACGUCCCGAGCACAGAGCGGAUGGUCCUCUGCAGUAAACAGUGGAAACUCAUGAAUCAGAAAGAGAAGGACAUGUUCCAGAAGCGCUGCGAACAGAAAAAGAAGCAGUACGACGUGGACCUGCAGCGCUUCCUUGAGAGCCUGCCUGAGGAGGAAAGGGACCGUGUGAUGUCAGAGGAGAAACUGGGCGGGGGCAAACUGACGAUGGCCGUGGCUUCCAGUCCUCACCGUGCCUCACCUGCUGCCAAAGAGCGGAGCCGAGAGCCCGACGCCGAGUGGGUCGCACCUAAAGAGCGAAGAGACGCCAAGAAAUCCCCCAAACUCCCCGAGACGCCCAAGACUGCUGAGGACAUGUGGCAGAGCAGCGUGAGCGCGGACUAUCUCGCCAAGUACAGGGGUGAUAGGAGGAAGGCUCAGGUGGCAAUGGAGGCAUCCUGGAAGUCCAUGGAAAAAAAAGAGAAAAUUCCAUGGAUUAAAAAGGCGGCGGAGGACCAGAAGAGAUAUGAGAGGGAGCUGUUGGAGAUGCGGGGCCCUGCUGUUGCUGUGGCAGCGCCUGCACAGACACAAAGGAAGCCCAAGUUUGACGGCGAGCCGAAGAAACCGCCCGUGAGCGGGUACCAGAUGUUCUCACAGGAGCUGCUGACGAACGGAGAGUUGAACCACUUCAGUCUGAAGGAGCGGAUGGUGGAGAUAGGGAAACGGUGGCAGCGCCUGAGCCCAACUCUGAAGGAGCAGUACAAGAGACAGGUGGAGGAGCAGCAGGCGGAGUACAGGGGACAGCUGGAGGCCUGGGUCCAGACGCUGUCUCCUCAGGACAGAGCCGUCUACACCUCGUCCACAAAGCGGCGCAGCUCAACUAAAGUCCGGUCUCCACUCGCCAAAGUCAGAGUCACAGCCAAAACCAAGACCCAAGGAUCCAAGACCACAGCAGCAGAACACAAACGCAGCAUGGCCUACCGAGCCAAGCAGGACGUUUCAGACUCGGACUCGGACCGGAGCGAUUCAUCAGACUCUGACGACGACGACGAGACAAGCAGCGACAGCGACGAUGAGAACGAUGAUGACGAGGACGAAGAGGACGAUGAAGAAGCAACAUCAAGUGAAGAUUCCAGCCAAUCAGAGUCCGACUGAGGCUCAGGAGCCAAUCAGAGAGAAGCUCAGAGCCCAGGAGCCAAUCAGAGAGCAGUUCAGAGUCCAACUGACCACCCUCUGCUCCUCUGCCUCUAUUAGACCGUCCUCUCUGCUCCUCUGCUCUGAUUGGACAUCCUCUCUGCUCCUCUGCUCUGAUUGGACAUCCUCUCUGCUCCUCUGCUCUGAUUGGACGUCCUCUCUGCAGGUUCCUAUGCUCUUAUUGGACAGUUUUUGAGUUUUACGGUGUUUUAUUGUUUGUGUUUUCUCGUUUUGAUUGACAGUGGGCGGGGUUUGUACAGUUGAACAGGAAGUUGUCAUCAGUUGUUGCUGUUUGUAAAAAUGCACAGCUGAAAUAAAUGCACUUUUCUCAGAA